AUGAAUCCCGCAUCUCUGCUAUCGGAGUCAUUCUCACUGAAUGAUCCAGCAACUUCGGAGGGUAACUAUAUCAGCCCCCAUGUGACAGGGUUUGCGAUGGAAGAAGACGACAGCCGGCGAGUCGGAGGUCUCGCCUCCAUGCCUGACACCAACGGCGUGAGGUACCAUGCACAGCAGCCUGCGUUGCAGGAUUUACAAUAUUCCGGUUCAAGUGGUCUUACGAUGACUCCUCCAGACUCGUGUCCUGAUUCGUUUUCGCCCUCCUCUGCCCCCAUCUUCCCUCAUCUCUCCCAGCUUCAACAUUCCUUUGAUAGAAUGGACUUUCGGCGGGUGCCAGCUCUCCAACCUCCGGCUGUUAUCCCAUCUGCUACCCAAAGCUCAGGGUAUGCUUUGAACCCCAUUCCUGCCCUUAUGGGGCGCAACAAUGGCUAUGGGGGAUCAUAUGCCUUACACCGUGGAAGUGUUGGAGCUAUGGGUUUACCUUUGGCUGGAAUGAAUGAUGUUCCCACACGCCACCAGUAUUCAGGCACUCCUCGAGCUUUAGAAAACCUGGAGCGGACCCAGAGUACCUUGUACCAGCAACCGAUGGUGGAUUCCGCACAACGCUCACAGCCACAGAUUGAGGCACCGCCUUUCGAUGAUACAACUUUCCUUGAAACGAUUGUUGCAGAUUUUGGUGGUCAAUACCAAGCUUUGAAGCCCGAGGUUCACGCAAAAAUGGGCCGGGGCUUCUUCCCGUCCGACGGCAAAUGGACCUGCUAUCGACGAAACUAUUUCUCCGUGACCUGCGGUUUUGGUCUUCAUCCUUGGCCUCACACUGUUCCUCUUUAUAUCCGCUACCCUGAUCAGACAGUUGAGCUGAUUCGCGGGUUUUCAAUGGCCAUUUCUGCCAUCGUGAACGGCCAAUACGGAGGCGAAACUCGAGAACUUGUCCAACAUACCCCAAAGCGCGACAAACAAUCCGAACGCAAACCAGGUCGUGUCAUUCUUCAGCCUUCUCCCCCAGCUUGUCACUCCACAACCUCAACCAGCAACGGAAAUUUGUCAGGGUUCCCCCUCAGCUCCCAGGCCAUGGACUACAACUCCUCCUUCACAGGAGCACCUCAACCAUGUCAGCCCCCAACGUCUCACAUGUUCGAACGAAUUCAAUUCCAAAAAGCGACCGCCAACAACGGCAAGCGUCGCGCCCAGCAGCAAUAUUACAAUCUGGUCGUCGAGCUCUACGCCGAGAUUGCUAGCUCAGUCCCCGGUGAAACGCAGUGGAUUCAGAUCGCCCGUCGCCACUCACACCCUAUGGUAGUGCGUGGUCGUUCGCCCGGGCAUUACAAGGAUGGACGCCGCGGCAGCACAGCCAGCAUGGGUCCCGACGGCGCAGGAGCCGACGGCAACUGCAAGAGCGGUUCCAUUCCACACAGUCUGAGCCAAACAAGCCGCUCACACAUGUAUAUGUAUGACACAUCUCAUCGGAACAGCGUCGCCUAUGGCAGAUCCGAUUUCCGGCAGAUGCCCGGCACGGAUCAUUCCCCUCUCAGUGAUAGCCCUCUCAUCUCAUCCUCAUCCUCCUCUGGCUUUGAAUACUCCAUGAUUGAUACAAUGGACCCCAUGGAUACUAUCAAGGUAGAUCCUUACCUCAAAUCGGAUCCAUACCUGAAAUCAGACCCCUAUCAAGAUCCAUCCUACACAGGUGUUCCUAGCCACCAGCACCAUCAGUCAACUACAGGUGGUUAUGACCCGGUUUAUUCUACGACUUACAGCCGUUACGAUCCUAUUCAGAGCUCGCAUACUCUAUGCACUUGA